CGUGCGCUAUUCACCGUGCAUCACUGAAGUCCAGUGGGAACAGAAAGGGAGAUCAGAGGUAGCCUUUUAAAAUGAUUACAGAUAUGGAUGGAGCAAAUAGGCACCGAAGUAACUGCGUUAAGAAGGACCAAGCGACCGAACACGCCAUGCUAAAAAACGGGAACUACAGGCGGGAUGGUAGCCCUGAAAGGGUGACACUGAAAAAGGAAAUAGGCUUGAUCAGUGCCUGUGCGAUCAUUAUAGGUAACAUUAUAGGAUCUGGAAUAUUCAUAUCCCCAAAAGGAGUUCUAGAGCACUCAGGUUCAGUUGGACUGGCUCUAAUUGUCUGGGUUCUUGGUGGAGGAAUCACAGUUCUUGGCUCGCUUUGUUAUGCAGAAUUAGGAGUAACAAUUCCCAAAUCAGGAGGAGACUACUCCUAUGUUACAGAAAUAUUUGGUGGCCUCAUUGGGUUUCUGUUAUUAUGGAGUGCCACUUUGAUAAUGUACCCCACCAGUCUGGCUGUAAUUGCGCUGACAUUCUCGAACUAUGUAUUGCAACCAAUAUUUCCUAAUUGUGUUCCUCCGUAUGAUGCUUCCAGGAUCCUUUCAACUGUAUGCUUAUUGUUUCUGACUUGGGUCAACUGCUCCAGUGUUAGGUGGGCAACAAGAAUACAGGAUGUCUUCACUGCUGGGAAGCUGCUAGCUCUUGGACUUAUCAUUACCGUUGGACUUGUGCAGUUCUCCAGAGGAAACUAUGCUGAACUAAUGCCGCAUGCAGCUUUCAGAUUUUGGAAGACUCCUUCAGUAGGAGAAAUCGCACUGGCAUUUCUUCAAGGUUCUUUUGCAUUCAGUGGCUGGAACUUCUUGAAUUAUGUAACGGAAGAAUUGGUAGAGCCACGUAGGAAUCUUCCUCGUGCCAUAUUCAUUUCCAUUCCAUUGGUGACUUUUGUCUAUACCUUCACCAAUAUUGCCUAUUUUACUGCCAUGACACCUGAAGAGCUCUUGUCUUCCAAUGCUGUUGCUGUAACUUUUGGUGAAAAAUUACUUGGGGUGAUGUCAUGGAUUAUGCCUAUUUCUGUGGCACUUUCAACAUUUGGAGGUAUUAAUGGCUAUCUUUUUACAUCCUCAAGGUUAUGCUUUUCUGGAGCACGGGAAGGGCAUAUGCCAAGUUUCCUUGCUAUGAUCCACUUCAAGAACUGCACUCCUAUACCUGCACUGCUGGUUUGUUGUACUGCCACCAUUGUCAUAAUGCUCAUUGGAGAAACCUACACACUUAUUAAUUACCUUUCCUUUAUCAACUACCUCUGCUAUGGUGUAACUGUUGCUGGCCUUCUUGUUCUGCGUUGGAGAAAGCCCAAUCUUUUCAGACCAAUCAAGGUCAAUCUCCUCAUUCCAAUUGCAUAUCUCACAUUCUGGGCAUUCUUGCUAAUAUUCAGUUUGUAUUCAGAACCCAUUGUCUGUGGGAUUGGACUGGUCAUAAUAUUAACUGGUGUGCCUGUCUACUUCUUGGGUGUCUACUGGAAAAACAAACCAAAGUGUUUAGGCAGAUUCAUAGAGUCAGUGACCCAUGCAGGGCAAAAAUUAUGCUUUGUUGUUUAUCCCCAAGGUGGGGAGAUAGAGGAAGAUCUUGUGCUUGACUGCCCUCAGAAAACUGAACCAUAAGUGAACUUUGCCUGCGAUGAUAUUUUGAACUCUACAAUAAAAAGAAAACAUGUUACAUUGUUUACAAGGAAAAACCUAGAAAGAUUGACAUUUUUGUUUUUUCAAAUGCAAGGCUUUUUGUUACACAGGGCACAUACUUUUGCAUCACAGUUAGCAUACUGACUAUACAAUCAGAUAUGUAAACCACUGGAUCUACUUUAAACUUCAAUAUGCAUGACAAGUCUUGCUUUUGAAAUUUUUCACUAUCUGUCUUUGUGGAUUUCUUAGUUAAGUAUAUGAAAAUAUGCACUUCAUUAUUUCAGAACAAAUGCAAAAUCAUGGCAAAAGUGCACGUUAUCUAAUAACAUUACAUAUGAACAAAUGACUUAUCACUUAUUUUUGUUGUGAACACAUCGACUGUGUUUUAUGAUAUACUUUCCAGUAAUCUUCCAUGAAGUGUUUUUAUAGGUUUUCCAAUGUUGCUCCAAGGUCACUGGAUCUCUUCUGUUGAAUCAUUUGUUUUUGAGUUUUCAGUUGUGGAUGCAAGAAAAUAACAACAGGAAUCAAAGUUGGCAGAGCAGAGAAGUGCAGAAACAUUUCCAUGAUUGAGAAUCUACUUGAUAAGAAUGCGGAGAAAAAGCAAAUUUUUUUUCGGGGGCGUGAGUGGAACAGUUCCAGUUUAUCAACAAAAUAUUAACCUUUGCAUACUAGGAAGGUAAAAAAGUGCUGUAUGAUUGUCAGAUAAUUAAAGUACACUUUAACUCUAUGAAAAGCUCUUAAAAGUAUAAAAAAUAGAACUUUGGUUAGCACAUAUCUAUCACUAUA